GUGGUUAAGGGCGUGUUGCUUUAAAGAAGAAAAAGUACACAGAGAGAAAAGAUUAAGCCAGAAGGGGGGAUCUUUCAGCUUCUCAGUAAUCAGUACAUUCCCUUCAUUGCCACUUGCAGACAGAAAAACAGAUGCACCUUUAGGUUUCUAGACAUGUUUAGCAAGUUGAAGGGCCUCUUCAGUGGCCCGCAUGUGCCAGCAGCAGCUUCGGGGACCACCACAGUGGCCCCUGACCCAGCUCCAGCUCCAGCUCCAGGCCCAGCCAAGGAGGAGAAGCCAGCCGAUAAGGAGAAUGAGGCCAAGAAAGUGGACAAACCGCAGGAAGCAGCUCCAGCUCCAGCUCCAGCCCCUACAGCAGCUCCAGCUCCAGCUCCGGCCCCUACAGCAGCUCCAGCUCCAGCUCCGGCCCCUACAGCAGCUCCAGCUCCGGCCCCUACAGCAGCUCCAGCUCCAGCUCCGGCCCCUACAGCAGCUGCAGCUAACCCUGAUCAAGCUGGACCUGAGGGACAAGAGGCAGCUCCUCCUCCAUCUCCACCCAUCGUCAUCAACAAGUAUUCAGAUGAGCAGCUCAGAGCCAUAGUCAAACGGAUGAGAGACAGGCUGCAGCUCUACAAGGAGAAAGUGGUUGAUCAGUAUGCUUCAUCCCCAGAGAUCAGCCCUCCUGUCACACCUCUGCUACGCAAAGACAGCUACACAAAAGUCAUAGAGGAGAGGAAAAGGCAAGCGGAGGAGGAGCGAAUAAAGAAGGAGGAGGCUGAGAAGAAGAAGAAAGAGGAGCAGGAGAAGAAAAAGAAGGAGGACGAGCAGAAGAAGAAAGAGGAGGAGGAGAAAAAGAAAGCAGAAAAGGAAGAGAAGAAGGACAUGAAGUCUACGUUUAAAGAAGCUGCCUGGUUUUCGGUGGACAUUGUGCUGAAGCCAAUUGAGGACCAGAUGGACUCUGUGCUGGGGAAGACCAUCGACCCUUUUACAGACCAUCGCUACAUCGCCUGGCUGAGCUUGGUGACUCUGGCCUUCAACUACAACACCUGGUUCAUCACGGCCCGCCUGUGUUUCCCGUACCACACCGAGCGCUCCAUCCCUUACUGGUUCACCUUCGACAUGCUGGCCGACCUCAUCUACCUCACAGACUCCAUCAUCUUCCAGCCCCGCAAACAGUUUGUCAAAGGAGGAGACAUCAUAAAAGACAGAGCGUUGACAAAGAAGAACUACAGAGAUACACAGAGAUUCAUGUUGGACAUGGUGUCCCUCAUACCAUUCGACUUGCUGUACUUCCAGUUUGGAUUCAAAUCCGUUUUCAGAGCCAAUCGUCUGCUGAAGGCAGAUACGUUUUUUGAGUUCAGCGAUCGUCUAGAGAGCAUCAUGGCCAAGGCUUACAUCUGGAGAGUGAUGCGGACCAUCGGCUAUCUUCUCUUCAUGCUCCACCUCAACGCCUGCUUCUACUAUGUGGCCUCAGACUACCAGGGCAUCGGGAAAACUACAUGGGUGUACUCCGGUCUUGGCAGCGCGUACCUGCGUUGUUACUACUAUGCUGUCCGCAGUCUGAUCAACAUCGGGGGUCUUAAUGAACCCCAUACCGUCUUUGAGAUUACCUUUCAGAUGACUAACUUUUUCACGGGCGUCUUUGUGUUCUCCAGUUUGAUUGGACAGAUGAGAGAUGUCAUCGGUGCAGCCACAGCAGGACAGACCUACUUCCGGUCCUCCAUGGACAACACCGUGAACUACAUGGUGACGAACCACAUCCCCUCUUUGGUGCAGAACCGAGUCCGCACCUGGUACACCUACACCUGGGACGCCCAGGGCAUGCUGGAUGAGUCCGAGCUGCUAGAUAAAAUGCCUCUGGUGAUGAGAACCGCCAUCGCUGUUGACAUCAACCUGGCAACCUUUCAGAAGAUUGAUCUUUUCAAGGGCUGUGACCAGCAGAUGUUGGUGGACAUGUUACUGAGGCUCAAGUCUAUCGUCUAUCUGCCUGGAGACUUUGUCGUAAAAAAAGGCGACAUCGGUAAAGAGAUGUACAUCAUUAAAAGUGGAGCGGUGCAGGUGGUGGGAGGACCCGACAACAGCAUUGUGUUUGUCACGCUGAAGGCCGGCUGCGUGUUUGGAGAAAUCAGUCUGUUGCAGUCAUCCAAAGAUGGUGGGAACAGGCGGACAGCUAAUGUCAAAGCCUACGGCUUCGCUAACCUCUUUGUCCUGGAGAAGAAAGACCUGUUUGACAUCCUGGUCCACUACCCAGAGUCCCAGAAAGUGUUGGCCAGGAAGGGCAGGAAACUAAUGAAGGCGAAGGGUCCGGCAGCAGCGAAAGUUGAAGAGGAAAAGAAGAAAGGACUGGCGCUGUUCGGACCCAAACCGCCCACACCCAAACUGCUGCGUGCUUUCGGAGGAACCGUUAACAGAAACCUUAUUGACAAAAUGAAGAUUGCUGCUGGUGGCAAGUGAGGAUUACAGUGAAUUUAUUUUUUAUAACUCCUUUUUUUUUGGAGUGAUUGUACAGUUUUAUUUUUAUCCUCCUACUACUCUUUUGUACUGAGUGUGCAUGUCCUGUCAUUUUAAGAUGUCGUUUAAAAUGGAUGCAAAUUAGAUUUCAAGUAAAAUUUGUGUUGUGACAAACAGAUUUAAACACCAAAAAUAUAUUUAAACACAUAUUUCCAAACUAUUUUGUGCAAUAUUUGAAUCUCAACUACUGCCCCUAGUGGAUACUGCUUGUUGCAUAUUGUAUAUUGUAUCUGCCUAUUCACCUUUUUUUGUUUGUCGGCUUUUAUUGGCUAUAUUUGUUUCAGUUUGCCAAUGCACUGCAGUUGUAAAAGCCUAACAGAGAUUACCUAUCAUAACAAUUGGUAACAAUAAUGCUCACAAUAAUAGACUAUUUGAUUGAUUUGAUCUCUGCUGCUUGAAUAAAUAAUUCUCUGAUUUAACUACA